AUGCAUCCCCCCAUGAAACUACCAGAUGACCUAACACCGCAUCACAUGGACACCAUCCCAAUUCUCUCAUCACUGCUUUCUCGGCUCUCGAACCCAUCAUCCACAAACCAAAGCGGAUUAGCUGCACCUUCUUACACCUCUAGCCCAUCUCAGCUCUGUAAUAGUACGGGACAACUUUCUGCCAAAGAUAUACCACCAGCUACAGACGAGCUGAAGCAACAAUUACAAAAAGCUCAUCUUCAGAUUAAGCAAUUACCAGACAUAGAUAGAACGAUUAGCGAGCAAGAAGAGGAAAUUGUGGAACUGGAGGAAAAAAUAUCACAGCAGCGAGAGGUUAUCAAGAAACUACGCGUCCUGGGUAAAGCAACAAGUGAAACUAAAGAAAUGUUAGAGCAAAUAGAAGACGUCGUCCACUAA